AUCGAUUUCAGACUUCGUAGCGAGAGAAGGCGUGGCUUAUACAACCCUCGUCGAAAGCUCCGGCAAAUCCGGCGAAAAGCUCCGCUCCGGGGACGCACGCUAUUAUUUUGGGGGUGUACUCCAUCCAUAGAGAUCUUGUUCAGUUGUUCCAGAACGUCGACACGUGCCAUACAAAAAAGCACCGCGCUCGGCACGUGUUUCAAAUUAUCACAAACAAUAAAUCGUGAUUGUUAUACUAAACGGUGGUUCUUUUCGGUAUAAAUCCGUUGAAGAUGUUCAAUAUGGAUCAUUUGGACUUGGAUGCCGUUAAUCGGCAGUUCUUUUUUGACGCGAAUCCCUACAUAUCGAGCAACGGAAACAGUAAUAGUUCGACGGGGUCGUCGAAUAGCGGUGAUUUGUUCUUGUACGAUGAAAAUAGUAGUGAUUCUGCUUUUUCCAAUUAUUCGUUUAAUAGUGAUCAAGAAAACAAUGGAACAGAUGGAAAAGAAAGAGUUCAUCGUCACAGGAGAAAAUCGAAAUGUCCCCAACAACAAAUCCAGCAAAGACAAGCGGCUAACCUACGCGAAAGAAAACGAAUGCAAUCAAUCAACGACGCUUUCGAAGGAUUACGAGCGCACAUACCGACUUUGCCCUACGAGAAAAGACUAUCUAAAGUUGACACACUUAAAUUGGCCAUAGGAUACAUAAAUUUUCUCAGCGAGUUAGUCAGGACCGACAGAAAUUCGAACAACGAAUAUUUUAAUGGACACAAAAGAAAUGUUCAGAAAGAUGAGACGCGGAAGAUCAUUGUUAGAGGGGCUGGUGGGUUAUAUACUGCUCACUCUUUGUCAUGGUCCAGAGUAAAAGAACAAAACUCCAAUGGAAUUAUGCACGCAAAGGUAUGGGUUCCAGAAGAUCCAAGAACCAACAAAGAAGGAUCUAGUUCGUCAUUUAUUUCUGAUUAAGUCUGAUCGAAAGUAUCCUUAUUAUCAGUUAUGUCUCUAGUCAUUGUAAAUAUGAAUUUAGGGUGCUCAUUAUAAAUAAGUUGAAAUACUACAUCCAUUGUACAUAUUUUAAACAUACAAUUAGUAUAGCGCAGUUUUGUACAGAUAGUAUUUUAUCUAGGAAUAUAUUGUACAAAUAAUAAUUAUGUCUACUUUAGUUGUGAUUAAUAUUUAAUUAUUAUGACAUGUGACAAAUUUCAGUUUUACUAACCAUCUAAAUCACAAUAGCACAAUUCAAAAAGCUAGGUAUUAAAAAUUAGCGGUAAAAUUACUUAUUAUUCUUAGAUCUCAUAAACUUCGUUAUUAUUUAUAUCUUUAAAUAGACAAUACUGGAAUGGUUUCUGAACUAAAUAUGGAUUUCUGCUGAACUUAAAAUAGCAUGGCCAGAGAAGCUUAAAUCUUAAAAACAUAUAGAUUAUAAAAAUAAUGAUUUUGACAGAAGACAUCCAAAAAUACAAAGGAGUUAUAAUACAGAUUAUUUACCUGUGCAUUAAAAUGAGAGCGGAAUAAUUCAUGACAGUGACAUCAGCUGUCAAUGAAUCUUUGGGUGGAUAUACAUUACAUGGACAUUACAUAUUAAAUUUUACAACUAAAAAGAGCAUACACAAUACUAUUUAAUUAUUAAUGGCUAAAAAAACAGAAAAAAAAAUAUACACACUGAACUAACUAUAAUUUGUUUAUAAUAUGCAAAAAAUCUUUAACUUUGUUCAUAAUUACUAAUAGGCUUGAAAAUAUCUUUAAAUUUAAAAUUAAUCAAAUCUGACAAUUUUUUAACAGUUGCUGUUAGUUAUGAGUAGCUGUUAUAAAUUAUUGUGUCUAUAUGUAAAAUGUCAAUGCAUCUAAAAUUAGUCUUUUGAUGUGCCUAAACAUGUUUUUUUUUUAUUAAUAUUGAAUUUUAAAUUAUAUAGAACGAUACAAAUUCAAAUUGAUUUACUUACUAUUUAUGAAAAGUCAUAUUCAUAAAAUCAUCCACAAUAUUCCGAAACACAACUUCUGUAACACUUUUGACGCAUGUUUCUCUAAACAUAAAUAAGAACACUAUAACAAAGCUAUUUUAGCUUAACGAAUUGUGUAUUUAUUCAUUACAUUUGAAAUAACUGAAAUAACUAGGAAUAACCGAAUUAUGAUUUUUCUACUUAUAUUUUAUUAUAAUUAUACGCUUUAAUAUAGUCUAGUC